AUGCCGAUUCGAUCGAGACUUAACAAAGAUGAGAAGAAAACUGUGAAGUUCAUCGACUCGACAGAGGAGAUAAUAAAGUAUCUUAACAAGAACGACUCGAAUAAGAGAUCAAGGCUCAAAUUAAGCGGACACCAGAUCGAUGUCCUAGAGUCGAAUUUCAGGAUCGAUAGCCAUCCAAACAGCACCACCAAGAGCCUGCUGGCAAACACGCUCAGCAUACCGUUUAAGAACAUCCAGAUAUGGUUCCAGAACAGAAGAGCCAAGGAAAAGAUUGCAAGGGACAACUGUAAAAGAAGGAACGGAAAUGCAAGAGCUGAAGGCAAGGAGCAUGAGCAUGGCAAGGUGAACUAUCAGGCGAUGUGCCCCUUUGAUUUUACUUCCCAGGAGAGGUACUUUCUUUGA